CUCAGCGGAUUCUCGGGGGCUGGUUCAUCACCUCCGAAUACUCCUGUGACAGGAGGCACUUGCAAAACCCGCCUCCAGCCCCCAGCAGCAAAUAAAUAGGAGGCUCCCAACCCAGGAGAAGCGAGGAGAAAUUUCUAGGCGCGGCGCCGGGGUUUAUUAAGCUCCCGGCUCCACUCUAGACCUCAGCAGCUCUGGCUGCAAGCCUGGGCAGCCUGGAGGACGGCUGGUGGCUUGCUGAUUUCUGGUGAGGUCGUGGGCGAGGGGCCCUCUGGGAUUCUGCGGGACCGGCAGGGUCAUCCCUGAUACUGGAGUGUCUUUGGGGGCUCAGACCCCGGCUGGGUGGGUGCUUCAGUACUUGGUAGUGGAUGGUUCUGCUUUAGGCGCCCCUGACAGAAGAUCAGUAUUUUUUGUGGCUGAAGAAUACGCGUUGAAGACCAGCCCAGCACAUCACCUUGCUGAGUGACCUUGGCAGUGGCCCCCUCUCUCUGAGACUCGGUUUCCCCUCCAAGAUCAGAGCCGCCAUGGCUGAUGGUCAGAUGCCCUUCUCCUGCCACUAUCCAACCCGUCUCCGCCGAGACCCCUUCCGGGACUCGCCCCUCUCCUCACGCCUGCUGGAUGAUGGCUUUGGCAUGGACCCCUUCCCCGACGACUUGACCACCUCUUGGCCUGACUGGGCCCUGCCCCGGCUCUCCUCGGCCUGGCCAGGGACCCUGAGGUCGGGCAUAGUGCCCCGGGGGCCCACCACCACGGCUAGGUUCGGGGUACCUGCGGAGGGCAGGAGCCCCCCACCCUUCCCUGGAGAGCCCUGGAAAGUGUGUGUCAACGUGCACAGCUUCAAGCCAGAGGAGCUGAUGGUGAAGACCAAGGAUGGAUACGUGGAGGUGUCUGGCAAACACGAAGAGAAACAGCAAGAAGGCGGCAUCGUCUCCAAGAACUUCACAAAGAAAAUCCAGCUUCCUGCAGAAGUGGAUCCCGUGACAGUAUUUGCCUCACUGUCCCCAGAGGGCCUGCUGAUCAUCGAAGCUCCCCAAGUCCCCCCUUAUUCACCAUUUGGAGAGAGCAGUUUCAACAAUGAGCUUCCCCAAGACAGCCAGGAAGUCACCUGUACCUGAGACGCCAGCCUUGGCCCAUCCUUGUUCCCUCCCCAACCCCAGGGCUUCCCUGAUUCCAGGGUGCAUCACCUUAGCUGAAUUGAUAGACUUAGUGUGAUUAACAUGUUGGGGAGAGGUGGACGGGAUCUGACCACAGAUUCCCUGGAUAGUGUAGUAACAGGUUUCUCCAUAAGAUGGCGCAAUUGACAAGUCAUGCUCAGUUGCGUUAGGCCAAAAUGCUAGUUUUUCUGUCUUUACCUUUUCUAUUGCCAUGAAAAUGUUGCACAUUCUAUAGCUGCAAACAAACAUAAAGGGGACUUACCAUUUCACAUUGUAUCUUACCUUAUGGCUUAAUGCAAGGGUUGCUUUUCUCUGGGGACCGCCCCAUCACCUGGAUUCCUGUUCUGGACUCCCAGUUUCUAUGCCUGCCCUGUGGUUUGGUUGAUGGGGCCCAUUGGCUCAUCCCACUGUGUUCCUGAAGCUCAGGCCUCCAAAGGGUUAUUAGACAGGUCUUACAUCUCUGCCCAGGCGUUCACAGCACGCUCCCAAACUUGCACUCCCCAAGGACUCUGGAAGCCCCUCCGUUUAUUCUCUGGCUCAAGUCCCCACUUUCUUGUGUCCCCUGUGUCUAAGUUGGGAUUUUUACAGAGGGGGCUAUCUCUAGACAGCCCCACCAGGAACCAAGCAAAGGCCAGACAGCCUGACAGGCAGGCUAGUGGUACUGUGUAUAUGGGUGGGAUGUGUGUGUUACUGAUAUUUGAGUUGUGCCAUUGUUUAGGGGAAAAUAACAGUUAAUAAUAAUUAUAAUAAUAAUAAUAAUAAAGGAGUUGAUGUUCUUA